AUGCCUAGCAAAACGUGUAAGCACGGCAUUAAAUCGGCAAAGGCUAUUCAUAUUUUUCAACGGGGAACGCUGAAUCGUAUCCCCACAAAAACUGUAAAGGACUUUAGCGUCCCUGCCAUUGGCUGUCUCUUGAUCACCGUCAUUGGUUCCAUCCAUGAGAUUGUGAUUGGCGAAUUACAAGGACAGAUAAAACGUAUAGUGAUGGAAAAUCAUUUUGAUAAAGGGCAUGAUUCGGAUGAUGGUUUUUCCGAUAACGCCAAUAUCAUCUGUCUGUCCGAUUCCUACAAGGUUUCUCACUAUAACCAAUAUCCACCUGGUACGACACAGGUUUAUUCGUACUUUGAAAGUCGCGGUGGGAAAUUCUCUGAGACUAUAUUUUUCGGACUGCAGUAUAUUUUAAAAAAAUAUUUGGUUGGACCUGUCGUUACUGAAAACAAGAUCCAGGCCGCGAAAAAGAUUUUUCGAAAGCAUUUUGGACUGGACUUAAUGCAUGAGAGCGGUUGGCGUUAUAUUCUAAAAAAGCAUGGGGGAUAUCUUCCUAUUCGUAUAAAGGCUGUUCCCGAAGGUACAGUGAUACCUGUCAGAAACGUUCUGUUUACUGUGGAAAAUACUGAUCCAAAUUGCUACUGGUUAACCAACUAUCUGGAGGCAUACUAUUCUGUGUGGUACCCUCUCUCAGUUUCGACAAAUUCCUUAGAAUUUAAGAAAAUUAUUUUUAAAUAUCUCGAAGAAACUUCUGAUGACCUAUCCAUCCUUCCUUUCUUGAUGCACGAUUUUGGUUUCCGUGGAGUUUCCUCUAUUGAGUCUGCAGCUAUUGGUGGUACAGCCCACUUGGUUUGUUUCCAAGGUACGGACACUCUGCCAGCUCUCUUAUUUGCUAAACGUUACUAUAAUUGCGAUAUGGCGGGUUACAGUAUCCCUGCAACAGAACACAGCACCAUAACAGCAUGGCAGGAAUCAGGCGAAACAGAAGCCUACAAAAACCUUAUGGAGAAGUAUCCUACCGGAACUGUUGCUUGUGUUUCUGAUAGCUAUAAUAUCUGGAACGCCUGUGAAAAUAUCUGGGGAGGAACUCUUAAGGACUUGGUUAUCCAUCGAGAUGGGACUCUAGUUAUUCGUCCUGACUCUGGAAAUCCUGAGAAGGUAGUAGUCCAAGUGUUGGAUAUUUUGGGUUCAAAAUUUGGUUUUACACUCAAUAGCCGCGGAUAUAAGGUACUUCCUCCGUACAUUCGUCUUAUCCAGGGCGAUGGCGUGAAUCUGGAGUCUCUCGCCAAUAUCCUUGAGAAUAUAAAGGCAACGGGUUGGAGUACAAUGAAUGUGUCUUUUGGUAGUGGUGGCGCCCUGUUACAACGUCUCAAUCGGGACACACAGAAAUGUGCCUUCAAGUGUAGUCACGUCGUUAUCAACGAAGAGCAGUUGAAUGUAUGCAAGCACCCUAUUACUGAUCCACAAAAGAACUCCAAAAAGGGCCGUUUACGCCUUCAACGUUCCAACUCCGAGAACGGUUACAUCACCAUGGAAGAGGGACAAGGAGACAGUGAAAAGGACAUUCUUGUGACAGUGUUCGAAAACGGACGUCUUCUAGUGGAUUACACUCUUGAUGAAAUCCGUGAGCGUGCUGAACUCCUGGAGGUUAAAGCAGCUAAUCAGAGGCUCAAAGUUGCGGUCUAG